GAUGGAAAUGGAGAGCUGUUAAUUGUUGUGGAUUUGAGCACAUGAUUGACUCCGCGAAACUCGUGUAACGGCCAAGUUGGUCGAGCCGCUGUCCGUAAUUUAUUUCUCAUGUCUGUAACAGAUAUGGGCUGCUAAUAGCACAUGUUAUAUGAUAAUUAAUUAGACACUGAGUUAGGUUACUGACCAGCGUCUCAACGGGCACUGAAGAUAAACUCAACAUGAGGACAAUGUGGGCAGCAGGAAUGAUGAGAAGGUGGAUGCAUUCUUCACCAUAUCAAGUGCGUGGCGUGGCCUCACUGGUGCCGGGCGAGCCGACUGGCCCUGCCAUGGUGACAGCUGUGCCGGGGCCGCGCAGCCAGCAGCUGCUGAAGGAGCUCGACCAGAUCCAGGCGUCAGGCAGCGUGCAGUUCUUCGUCGACUACGAGCGCUCGCUGGGCAACUACGUGGUGGACGUCGACGGCAACGUGAUGCUGGACGUCUUCAUGCAGAUCGCCUCGCUCCCCAUUGGCUACAAUCACCCGCGCCUGGUGCAGGCUGCCGCCUCCAAACAGAUGAUGCUGGCGUCCGUGAACCGGCCGGCGCUCGGCUCCUUCCCCGACGCGGAAUGGCCCUUGAAACUGCGGUCGGCUCUGCUUUCGGUGGCACCCAAAGGCAUGCCAAACGUGCAGACAAUGGCUUGUGGAUCGUGCAGUAACGAAAAUGCCUACAAAGCCAUGUUUAUGACUUAUAGGAACAGGCAGCGCGGCAGCACGGACUUGCCACCGGCCGAGGACAUGCAGUCGUGCAUGAUGAACCGAGCGCCGGGCAGCCCGCCACUAUCGGUGCUCUCGUUCACGCACGCCUUCCACGGCCGCACCCUGGGCUCCCUCUCCACCACGCGCUCCAAGCCCUUGCAUAAGGUGGACAUUCCGGCGCUGGACUGGCCGGUGGCGCCGUUCCCUGCCUACCAGUACCCGCUGGAGGAGCAUGAGGCCGAAAACCGGACUGAGGAUGCGCGCUGCCUGCAGCAGGUGGAGGAGGUGGUCGAGCAGUACAACCGGGCCGGCAAGUGGGUGGCCGGCAUGGUGGUGGAGCCCAUACAGGCGGAGGGUGGCGAUAACCACGGCUCGCCCACGUUCUUCCGCGGACUGCAGGCGCUUGCCAAGAAGGUCGGUCAGGGGCCGCACGUCCAAUGGCCCAAGGUCAAAUGUAAACAACCGGACACUGGUCAGCCUCAGGUCAGACACGGACUGGGCACUGGCUGACCUGAGGUCAGACACGGACUGGACACCGGCCGUCCGGAGGUCGGACAUGGACUGGGCACCGGCAGAUCUGGGGUCAGACACCAAUCAGACACUGGCUUUCCUGAAGUCCGACACGGCCUGGGAACCGGCUGAUCCGAGGUCAGACGCGGACCUGACACUGGCCGACCUGAGGUCAGACGCGGACUGGACAUCGGCUGACCUGAGGUCAGACAUGGACUGGGCACCGGCUGGCCUGAGGUCAGACACAGACUGGUCACCGGCCCACCUGAGGACAGAUACCGAUCAGACACCGGCCGACCUGAGGUCAGGCACGGACCUGACACCAGCGAACCUGGGAUCAGAUACGGACCGGGCACCAGCCGA